AUGCCGCCCUCCUUACCGAUAAUCAUCUGCGGAGCCGGCAUUAGUGGUCUCGUCUUGGGUCAAGGCCUCAAGAAAGCGAACAUACCUUUCAAAGUCUUCGAACGAGAUCCAGCUCUCAAUGUGCGCUCCCAGGGGUACCGUGUCCGCAUCAGCAGUAUCGGCAUCAGUGCUCUCAAAGAAACACUUCCAGAUGACUUGUUCAGUCAACUUCGAGCUUGCACCGCAGUGGCUGCCUCGACACCGGACGAGCCAUUUCGUCGGAUUGAUGCGUUGACAGGAGAAAAGCCGAAGCCAUAUUAUCCAGCAACGCAAGACGCUGAGCCUCCUUUGAAUGCAGAUCGGACGGUUCUUCGCAGAGUCUUGGUCAAAGCUAUUGAACAAUUCGUAUCUUAUGGAAAAGAGUUUCUCAGAUGUGAAGUUCUUUCUGACGACACAGUAAAGGUCCACUUCAGCGAUGGAACUGAAGUUCUUGGAUCACUUCUCGUAGGUGCAGAUGGAACAAAGUCUCGCGUCCGGAAACAGCUUUUAUCCAACAACGAAUUCAUCGAUACGGAAGGCCGCUGGUUCUAUGGGGAGACAGAACUUUCUACCAAAGUGGAGGAGAGGUUCAAUAAACAUGCCGAUCAUUACUCAAUCAUUCAAAAUACAUCCAAGGGCAGAGUUCUUACCUGUCUGCUAGAGCCAGUGCGGUUCAAAGAGAACGAGUUUCGGAAGGAAUUACCAGCAGAUUACAUCUACUGGGUCCUGGGUGGAUGUAAAGAUAUUUUCGACAUGGAUGAUGAGGUGCUGCUUCGCUUGAGCCCCGAAGAAGCUGCAACUGAGACUAUGAGGAUGACGAAGAACUGGGACCCAUCUUUUCAUAUCCUGUUCUCUGCUCAGAGCACGGGCCAGACCUCCAUCCUUGCCCUUGAGUCAUCAAAACCAGAUAUCGAAGUCUGGGAGACGCAGAAAAGUGUAACACUUUUGGGUGACUCGAUUCAUGCUAUGAGUCCGACAGCAGGAGUGGGUUCUGUUACUGCGCUCAGGUCAGCUGCGGCUUUGACGAAGGCGGUUGUAGAGGGUGGAGUAAUGUUAAGAGUUUGA